UGCGUUUGUGUACUACAUCAUCGCAUCUGCGCGACAAGACUCCCUUUGCAGGGGACAGUAACAAGCCGAAUAAGCGGUGCACACACUGAUACGAUGGAUUUCAAUCUCAAAAAGCUUACUUCUGAUGCAGGAGUCUUCUUCACUCGUGCAGUCCAGUUCACAGAAGAGAAGUUGGGCUCUGCGGAGAAGACUGAGCUCGAUACCCACUUGGAGAAUCUGAUCGCCCGGGCCGACUGCACCAAGAACUGGACUGAGAAGAUCUUCAGGCAAACAGAGGUCUUGUUGCAGCCCAAUCCAAUUGACCACACUGGUGCGCGUAUAGAGGAGUUUUUCUAUGAGAAGUUAGAUAAGAAGAUCCCAUCCAGGACAACCAAUGGAGAGCUGCUGGGACAGUAUAUGCUGGAUGCUGCUAAAGACUUUGGCCCAGGGACCCCAUAUGGCAGUACCCUGAUCACGGUGGGGGAGUACCAGAUUAGACUGGGCGGGGCGGAGCGGGAGUUCCUCCAGACCUCGGCUAUCAACUUCCUCACUCCUCUCCGCAACUUCCUGGAGGGAGACUGGAGAACCAUAUCUAAAGAGAGACGUCUCCUAGAGAACCGGCGUUUGGACCUGGACAUCUGUAAAGCACGUGUCAAGAAAGCCAAGCAAGCCGAGGCUAAAGCGGCGUGUGAGGGAGAUGCCGAGCCCGAUUUUCAGGAGACUAGGCCUCGAAAUUAUGUUCUGUCUGCGAGCGCAUCUGCGCUGUGGAGUGAGGAAGUGGACAAAGCGGAGCAGGAGCUGCGUGUGGCUCAGACAGAGUUUGACAGACAGGCCGAGGUCACCCGGCUGCUACUGGAGGGCAUCAGCAGUACACACGUCAACCACCUGCGCUGCCUGCAUGAGUUUGUGGAGGCCCAGGCUACAUACUAUGCCCAGUGUCACCAGUACAUGCAGGAGCUGCAGAAAGAACUGAGCAGUGCUAACAGCAAUACGUACCCAAACUCUUUUGCCUCGAACGCCAACCCCUCCACCUCUGCCACAUGCCCCUCCCCUGUCUCCUCUGCCACCCUGCCAGGAGUCUCACCCCCAUGCCUGGCCUCCACCUCCACCCCUGGCAUCGCUCGGGAGCCUUCUGGCCAGCUGAAAAUCCAGGAUGUGCAGCAGCCUUCCACAGGCCACCGCAAGGCCAAGGUCCUGUAUGACUACGACGCCCACGACACUAGUGAGCUCUCCUUACUGGCCGACGAGCUCAUCACUGUCUACACAGUGCCAGGCAUGGACCCAGACUGGCUCGUGGGAGAGCGGGGCAACCAGAAGGGCAAGGUGCCUGUCACCUACCUGGAGUUGCUGAGCUAGAUGGACCCACGUAGGGACACACACACGUACACACACCUCCUCAAACGCACGCUCGCACACACACACGCACACAUGCCUCUACCCUAUGGUCUCAUGGCACAGGAGGUUGGUGGCACCUUAACUGAGGAGGACGGGCUUGUGGUAAUGGCUGGAGUGGAAUAAGUAGAAUGGUAUCAAACAUGGAAAGAUGCCAUUCCAUUUACUCCAUUCCAACCAUUUUUAUGAGCCGUCUUCCCCUCAGCAGCCUCUGCUGUCUCAUGGUGCGCAACACACUUACUUUGGUCUCUGGCCAAUUCAAACGCAUAUGCAAAAGGAUUCAAAAGCUAAAUGAGUGGAUAUAUAGCGCAUCAGAAGGGGAACAGUCGUAAAAAUAGUGAAUAGUCUAUAUUCUAGCUCUAUAGUUGCUCUUUUCCCACUAGCUAUUUGGAAUCCAUCCACCUUGCACGCUCUAUCUUUCUUUCUCAUUGAGAAAUGACAGGAGCCGCUCGAAUAAGGUGGCAUAUCUGGGUAUAUAGUGUAUAUAAUAGACUCUCAAUAUAUAGAGGAAAGGUCCUUCUUGUUUUAUUUCGUUUUUCAGCCAAGCUAAUUUAGUCAUAGUUAGUCACCAUUACUUUGACAUUUCAAAGCCAUAGGGAAAAAAGUAAAACCGGCUGUAAAAUCCCCCAGCUGUAGGCCUGUAAUGCAAACAUCAUCCAGAGUGACGCAAAUAUUUAUCUCUCCAAGGUGUUAUUAGCCAUUGGCUAUAACAACAUAAAAAAUGAAUCUUGAAAGAAAGAGACUGCUGUACAGUUUGCUAACAGAAGGUGACUCAUAUUGGCUGAGUCAUAAACAGGUGAUGAAAGACGAGAGGAAUAGUUGAAUUUCAGUUCUUAUGUUUUCUGACUGGUUGCAUUCUGUUUAUGUACGUAUUCUAUUGACGUGGCUUUUAUUUCUUAGGUAUCACUGUUUGACUUUUUUACGAGUGUUCCCCCAUCUUGCCCUAUUUGUGAGGAAAAAGACAAAACCAUGGUAACUUUAUUAAACUAACAAAGGUUAAUGCAAAUCAAAGUAUUGAGUUGCUCUCUCAGUGGGUUGAUCCGUUGUUGAUGUUUGCGUGUCAUUGUUGUUUUUGUUUAUCCACUCUGGUUGCUGAUGUUUGUCGAGUUUCGGGUGUGUUUUACUAGCUAUCAGGUCUUAAUGUUUGUCUUUUUGAAUUUGUAGAUGUUUUGAAAUGGGUGUAGUUGUAUGUAAUAAGUUCAGACCUGUGGUUUCCUUUCCUCCCUGAUCUCCCUUUACCCCUGUGUGGGUCGCCAUCUCUCCCUGAACCCCUCAACCAUUCCUCCUGUCAGUGUUACCAAUAUGCUGUUGUAUGAUUAUGGUAUGAAUGGAACUUGAAGAAAAUUAACAACAGCUUGUUUAAACUGAUAAAAAAUAAGCACUGGAUAAUCUGACACAUUAAAACAAAACAACUGUUCAUUUAUAACAUUGUACAACUGAAUAAAAUGUUACAUUUCAA